GCGAUCUUAGCAAUCCAAAAUGGCGGGCAACAACAACAUAUAAACCACAGACUUCAUCAUUGAGGUGUCUGCAAUCAACCUGUUCAAGAUUUUAAAAAAUGCCAGCAACAAUAGCUCCUAUACAACUUACUCGAAAUAAUGCCAUUAAACCAGCAUAUGGACAACGGUUUGGAAACUUUGAUGGUGUGGUACAUCUGCCACCUGUCAAAAUUCAGACAUCAAGAGCAGGCCACAGGUUCUCAGAUCUCAACAACCAACAAAUCUAUCGAACAGUCUGUGACUGGGUUAGCAUUUGGCAACAAUGGCAACAGAAGAUACUUCUGUACAGCAUUGCUAAUAGGUGCUCAAGACAGCAAUUGGACAUCCUCACCACCAGUCUAGAGCCUCUGCGUCACCAUGCUUAUCGGACAUUGUCCCAGCAUCACAAUGCACUACAGAAAUAUUACAUCAAUAGAGCACAGUUUCCUCAGGCAUUGAAUGUGGAAAGACUUCCUCCCAUCUCUGUGACACAAAAACAGAUAUCUGGCGCAAGGAGACAUGGGAACAAAUUUUCCACAAUAGACAAUUUUAAAACUGCUCCAAAAGGAAAUGCUGCACUGUCUGCAGAGCUUGCCAUUACUCAGGUACCUUCCAGAUCUUUAGCACAAAGUCUUGAUCAGUAUGCUACCUUAUUGUCAUCAUCUGUGCUCAUCGAUGCCUUGAAAGAAGUUGUAGUUGUACACAGAAUUGAAAGACUGUAUGUUGCAGAAACUCCUAAAGACAUUAAGAAAUCAGAACUAACCCUUGACCAGUAUGCAAGUCUACUGUCAUCAUCUGUUCUAAUUAGUGCCAUGAAUGAAACGGUCAUGUCAGAUGGCACUGGAAUGCAACAAUCAGGAUCAAUGUGUGAAUCUCCUCAUACCUCAGCGCUGUGCCUUGAUCAGUAUGCAGAUCUGCUGUCAUCAUCUACUUUAAUGAGUGCUAUCCAUGAAGCAGUGCUGACUGAUACACGUGAGAGACAGCAGAGGAGUGAAGUUGAGCAGAAAUGUAUACGACUGGGAGAAGAACCAUCAUCUGUUGACAAAGAUCAUAAAACAAAGGAGGCAAAUGUGAUCCCAAGAGAAGCUUUUUUGUCCUCAUCGGAGACAGUCACCUCAGAGAUGCCAGUGGCAUCAAGCAUGCCAGACUGUCCUCCAGACAACUUGUCAUCUCCAGUCAUUACAAGGGAACAGACCAGGAGUGGGACCAGAAUGUCAGCAAGGUUUCUUGGUGGUUUUAUAUCUUUUACUUCUGGCUCCAAAAGAAGUGGUCAAAGUGAUCGUCAAUCACAAAGACAAAGUGGUUCCAGUUGCUAUAGGUACAGUGCAUUUGCCUCCAUGGAUGUAAGGACACCUGACUUCUUCAACAGAGAGAGAACAUUGCUAGGUACAAUGCAGAGUGAAGUUCGACUGGGUUUGUCUCAGCGGACAGCAGGUCCAGGAAACAUUCCAGUACCUUUACAACAAACAUACAAGAGCAGGGCGUGGUGGCCUCCUACCCCUCGGAAAGGCAGAAAAUUUCAGAAAGCAAAAAAAAAGGAAAUGUCCAGCAACUUCCUUGAACAAUUGGCAACUAUUUCUGAGUGGCUUCAGCAGUGGGAAAGUCAUGAGAGGCUUGGGUUGCUCAAAGAGGUGGUCAAGAAGUGUGGAGCAGAGGUGCUAGAGUCACUUGUUGCCUAUAUUUAUGUCAAAAUUCGUGAUACUUUGGACAUCAACAGGCUGUCAGACAAGCUGCUUCUAUACAUUUUAUCAUAUUUACCCCCUUCAGAUAUUAUCAACUGUGCAAAGGUAUGUAGGAGAUGGAGGUACUUGUGUGCCAUGGAUGAUGUUUGGAUUAUCAAGUGUUUAGAAUUAGGAGAGACAGAGGGCAUUGAUGAUUUGCCACACCUGAUAGAAUUAGUCAAUACUGGCAAGAUGGGUGUUGACUGGAUGCUGGCAUAUAUAGAACUCCAUAGGCUGGUUGCUGCUCUUAAAGAGGCUGCUCAAAAUUAUGAAGUUUCUGUUAGCGAGAAUUUUACAGAACAAGUGCCAGAACCUGAUAUCAUAUUUACAAAUGAAGAAAAAGAUGAGGAUAUUUUUAAGAAGAGGUUACAGUUCAAGGAUAAGAAUGUUAAUACAGUCAUGAAUGAAUCCAUGUGGCAAGGGAACAUAUCAUCCAACAAACCAGUUGUUGGUAGGCUUGGAAGGUUGACAGUUGAAGAAAAAGAGGAUGACAGUGCUACCUCUGAUGAGGAAGAUUUUGUUUCUGUGAUGGAAGAUUAUGACAUGCAGGAAUCUAAUGAAAAAUAUCUAUGGACAGACAAACAAGGCUGGGAAAAGGAACAUCAUCGGAUAUUUGCAACCAGCUUUGAAUAUAAAAUGGAUGAAACAGUUCCAGACCAAGCUUUGAAAAUUCCUGCUAAAACAUUAUCUAAGGAAAUGGAUGAAUCAGCACAGAAUCAAGGACACCCACAAAAAAAAGAAGAAGAAGAGCAUGAAAAAUCACUUGAUGAAUUCACAAACCUUUCCCAAUCUACAGACCUGUUGGGAAAAGUGGUGGCAGCCGUAAAAUUGGAAUGGGAAACUAAUGAAAGCGGUGAUAAAAUCCCACAACAUUCUUCCCCUGCUGGUUUUGUUUACUCUGUUAAAAGAGUCAGGAAACUACAGGGACAUGUGGGAGGGGUAUUAUGCCUGCAGUUUGACAAGCGGCGACUGGUCACUGGGGGUGCAGAUCAUUUGGUACGUCUGUGGGAUGUACGGAGUGGUCGCAGUCUGCACGUAUUUCAUGGUCACAAAGGAGGUGUUCGUUGCGUAAAAUUUGACAACAAAAUCCUUGUUGCGGGUUCCUGGGAUUCUGUUAUCAUUGUAUGGGACAUUCGAUUCUUCAAACAAAAGACAGUUCUAUAUGGCCAUGAGGACUCUGUUAGUUGUCUAUGCCUCAGCAAGGAUCACAUCAUUUCUGGUUCUCAUGAUCAUACAAUACGGGUGUGGAGCCGGGCUGCUUUCACAUGUACAUGGGUUGUUCGAGGACAUUUGGGACCCAUCCUGAAUAUUGUGACCAGCACUAAACACGUCUUUUCAACUUCAACAGACUUAACACUGCGCAUGACAGAUCUACUUCAUGGCGUCUGCAUCCGGGUCUUUCAGCGCGCAGAGCAGACUCCUAUUAUCUCCUUGUCACUGAGUGGACUCCUCUUGCUAGGAGGCGAUACAGAGGGGCGUGUACAUUUCUGGAAUAUCAAGACUGGUGAGGCAGAGGCUGCCGUGUCGGUACAUCAAAGUCCCGUCAACGCCAUCACCUACCACAAGGGCCGCUUCUACACUGGCUCCAGUGACGGCACAGUGACGGAGUAUGACCUGGUGACGAUGACGUGCAUCCGGGUUCUAAGGGGCCACAAGGGGCCGGUCCGAGAUGUGCAGGUGUCCGAUCGCCGGUUUGUCAGCUGCAGCGACGAUGGAACCAUCCGCAUCUGGGAUCUCUUUCUGAACAAGACCAAGGACGCGGCGUCUGGUCAGUGACGGUCCAGGCAACCACGGAACUACCCGCUGUUGCUAAACUGGGGGUGGUGCAUAUGGACUACAGGUUUGCUGAAAACAAACAAAAAACCCCCCAAUAAACCCCAAACAGCCUCGAACCCAUACAUUGUAAUUUUUCCACAUUUACGGAUGUGUUCUGAGCACACUCUAAUGUGUACUGAUUUUGCAGUUCUUGCGUCCCAUUCUUUUUAGUGUACGUGACCUAAUAAUUUUAGUUAGAAUGUGCACUGUACAAAUAGAUUCCAGUGUAAUGAGCCUGGAAAUAUUUUUGCUAGAGACUUAUCGGGUGCGGCAACAGUUUCAUGUAACCUCUUACAGUUUUGAUUAAAAAAAAAAAACACUGCCUGCACUGUCUCGGUUCUUUGAUAACUUUUUGAUAAUCAGGUUCGUUUACUCUAUUGUUAGUUUGCAUAUCUUAUUGCAAUUUUUAUUUUGCAAGACUUCAUUUUACAUUUAAUUGAAAAUACAAAAUAUUACAUCUGGUUUAGAAAUGAUUUACAAUAUCGCAUUGUAUGUAUACUUUGAAACACGAAUCUCUAUUGUGUGUUAGGCUGUUAGCACACACACACAGUUUUGAUUAUAUUCGGUUUUGGUUGUGUGCGGUGAGUCAAACGUUUUCCGCAAGAACGUAGAUGUAGUUUAUAAAAGGAUGAUUUCUACUAGUGAAUUUAAAGACUAUUUCUCAUAUUUACAGUCUUUGUUUGUAUUGUACAAGUUUUAGCUCGUAGUAAAGCAAAGUGUCAGGUAAUCCUCUUGGAUUACAUACUAUUUUCAAGGCUUUAUGAAGACUUGUUAAAAAUCAAGCUACUUUUGAGAGGAACUGCUGUCGUCUCUCUAGGAUUAAAAAGUUAUAUAGACGUACUGUAUUUACCAAAAUAUUUUGUGUAUCGUCUAAUAGAAGAUUUACAGUUUUCUAAAAAAAAAAAAUAAAUAAAAAAACAGAGAAUUUCGAUUGAAAACAUUUUAAAAUGUACGCACUGUUUAAACAACAUAGUUUUAUAUUUUUUGCUCCACUGUACUUUUGAUUUUUUAAUAAUGUACAUUUAGCGUGUCUGUUUCUCGCUGGGAUAUAUGUAAUAGAAUUAAAUUUUGUAAUUCGUAUUCUUAAAAAUCAGAUUGCUUUAAUAUAUAUUUAGCUUGAAAUUAUUUUUUAAAAUCUAUGUUCUGCCUUUUUGGUAGACGGGUAUUUUGUAUUCUUCUGAAAUAUUUAUAACCGGUCCAUUAUUUUUGACAACUUGUGAUGAAAUGGCAGCGCGGCACCCGCUAUCUUUAGUGUUUACACAUCAUGAUUUCUUUGAGACACCUUGCGCUUCAAAUCUUCUGUAGGUUGUCUUCAACAAUCAACAGUGCAACCAACAAAAAAAAAAAAAAAAGUUUUUUGAGCAUUUUAAGUUUAGAAUUUCUCGAUAAGCUGCUAUAUCAACGUGAAACGUAUGGAAUUAAAAAUACCGCAGGGCCUUCUUUUAGCAUUUGGGAGCUAGAAGGUAUCCGGGGAGACAACCAGAAUUUCCCGAUAAUGUUUGAAUACAGACCGUUCCUAAAAUAAUGUGGGUUUAAAAGAGACUGUUAGUUGCAUCCCUAUCUCACUUUGGGGAAUAAAACUGUUUCGGGGGGCAAGCCUUCUACUGCGUGGCUGCUGCAGGAUUUUUAUUUUUGCAGUUCCGUCUGACGUCCCGCAACAUUUGUGCGCCCCACUAUCUCCUUGUCCAAUCUGAGUAGUAAACUUUCAUGCACCCGCAGGCUCGUGCUAUAAAGCGGGCAGAAGAAUCUCUGCAUUUUCUCAGGAAUCGGUGGCAUGGGGAGUGUACCUUCUAAGGCCCGAAACAUACUCACGUGUGAUUACCGCCCUUCGCGAACUUUUAUUGAGCCGAAGUAGGCGAGGUAGAGGGCGCAGUACCGUCCUGGGAGUCGGGAGUGCCUGCAGUGGUCGGUGGGACAGGUGUUGAGGUUCUCGCUAGCACAGAUCUUAUGAUCUGUCAGGAGCUUGACAGCUGUGAGACAGCAUCUUGGGUGUCUGAUUUUCUCUAGGUUGUUCAUUUUGACAGAGUUUAUCUUUCACUUUGAAUGCUUCUACAAACAUGCUUUUUAUAACCAUAUGUACGCUGUUAUAUUCUAUGUAGAGUGCUACUUUGGUGUCAGGUAGGCGGUAUAAUCAAAAAUGAUGAAGUCUGUGAUAAUAACACUUGAUAAAGCUAUUUUACUUUCAGUUGAUAAACAGAUCUGUAGAUGUAUCAAUAUUGUGCCAUUCCUUUUCCAAAUCUUUCAGAAGCUUAUUAUGUUAUUCUUUUGUCCUCGACUUCUGCUUGAUAGCUCUUUGCAGUCCUACUGUGCUCUACAGAGGACGAUACAUCUGCGGCGCAGACUGUGCAAGAUUUCCGGCAGGCGUGCAAUUGAAUUUUUUCUUACAUUCAGGGUAGUACUACCUGCUGAGAAGUGUUUACGUUGUGCAAUUAAGGCUAGGUAUAAGGGAAAGAAGCAGAUGUUUCACAUCUUCUUAGCCCGCUCAUUUCAAAAAUGGGUUUUCAACGAACAUCGUUAGAGUUUAUCCUGGCUUCAAGGAUAACGUCUCUUCAUAAUGGCCCUCCUUCCGACCUGCUUUGCUUUAGCACGCUGCUGAUUGCCACCCACCCCCACCCCUUUAAAAAAAAACCAAGAGGACAUUUUAUCUUUGACAUUACAUAAUAUACUGCAUAUAUGUUAUAUAUAUAUAUAUAUAUUUAUAUUCAUUUACAAUGGCUAUUUACACCUAUCUGUAUAUAUUGUAAACCAUGUAUUCAUUGUGUAGCAUAAUGCAUUCUGUUGCAAUAGUAAUGUGAUUUUUUGCCAUAAAGGCUUGACUGAAAGCUCAUUCGCUCGUUUAUUUUACUCAGGAUUUGAUUUUACUUCUAAUUUUAGUGUUCUAUUUUUGUAGAAUGGUGUAAACAUAUUUAUUCGCAAUAAAAUCUUGCUUACAUU